AUUCGAGGGUGCGCUGAUAUUUCUUUGUUUGUAUAUACAUAUAUAUUUAGUGUCAUUUUGCUGUCUGAAAGAUCAAAAAAUAGUAAAUUCUUGGUUGCAUUAAAAUUUUCGUUCCGCGUGGACCACCGUUUCCAAAUUUCGAAUUGGCGAAUUUCCUGCGCGACCAUAUGGAGGAGUGUUACAAAUCAGCGAUUUCCGUGGAUUUCCAACGAACGACUGUCGUCGUGUGAUCUCUUCAAAGGAGGAAGAGAAGAACAUUCAACAUUUCUACAGCAUCCAUCCAAUCGAAGAAUACACAUCACAGCAACAGCUCUCAUCCACUCAUUCAAAGCGUGCGCACUCCCCCCGCCCGAAGAAGAAUUAGAAGAAGUAUCAUAUACAUAUAACUGGCAUCAUUCGAAUUUUCGAGUUGUAUACAUCUUUCGUGAAGGAAAAGGGAAAAGGGAAAAGGCAGGAGGAUCAUUUUGGAAGAUUUGUUUUAAAUCGGUAGAUGUGCUUGCACAGACGACCAGUGUGGAACGGCAGCAGCAGCAGCAGAACCAAAAAACUUGUAUCAUCGAAUUCAUCGUUCAUUUCUUAAUAAUAAUAAUAAACGAAUCCAGUAAUAAUAAACGUAGAAUUUACAUUGAAGAAGAGGAGAGUGGAGAAAAAUUGGCUGUUAGGAGGAAGAGGAAAAGUAGAAGUACAAGAAAAAAGGAACUUCAGGUUUAGCAGUAGUAAUAGCAGCAGGUGGUUAGUGGUGGUGGUGGUGGUGGUAGUGGUAGUUGUGACAAAGAGUAUAUAGUAUAGUAUUAUGGCGAAUUCAAAAUUGAGUCCGCGGAAUUCGGAGGUGAACGCGCUCGAGCAGCGUGGAUAUCUGAUUGGCAAGAAGAUCGGGCAGGGAUCGUACGCGACCGUCCAUCUGGCCGAGUACGUGGACGGCACCGGGGGAAAGAAGAUGAAGCUGGCAUGCAAGAUAUUCGAUAAGGAGAGGGCGCCCAAGGACUUUCUCGAAAAGUUCUUCCCGCGCGAACUGGACAUCCUCACGAAAAUAGAGAACGCCCAUCUGAUCCAGGUGCACAGCAUCCUGCAACGGGGUCCGCGCGUCUUCAUAUUCAUGCGGUACGCGGACAACGGGGAUCUGCUCGAUUUCAUAAAGAGGAACGGAGUGGUCCCCGAACAGCAGGCCAAACUCUGGUUCCGGCAGAUGGCGAGUGGCCUCCAAUAUCUGCACAACAAGAACAUUGCGCACAGGGACCUCAAAUGUGAGAACAUACUCUUGUCGAGGCGAUUUAAUGUAAAGCUGGCGGACUUUGGUUUCGCCAGGUUUUGCGUGGACGGCGAGGGCAGACGUGUCCUCAGCCAGACGUACUGCGGUUCGGCCGCCUACGCCGCACCCGAAGUCGUCAACGGCACCCCAUACAAUCCGAAACUGUCGGACAUCUGGUCCCUGGGCAUCAUACUCUUCAUCAUGCUGAACGCGUCGAUGCCCUUCGACGAUUCGAACCUACGGAAACUGCUCAAGGACCAGAUGACGAGGAACUGGGUCUUCAGAUCACGAGUGCGUGAUACGAUUUCGUCGGCGGCCAAAUCGAUUGUGCGGCACAUCCUCGAGCCGGACAUUACGCUCCGUCUGACGCUCGAUCGGGUGAUCGCGCACGACUGGGUGAGGGCACGCAAGGAGCGAGCCGGUGGAACGCUGAUCGGUCGUCUCGUCCAUCCCGGUCAAAACAAUAGCAGCAGCAACAGCAACAACAAUCAUCAUCAGCAGCAGCAGCAGCAAUCGCAACACCAGCAACAGCAGCAGCAGCAAGAGUCCACGUCCGGCGCUCGAUCGUACGACGAGGAAGAUGCCGGUCCAGGCGAUCACAAAAAACCCGAGACGAAGAAGAGCAACACGCUGAUCAGCGUAGGCAAGGAGCAGUGAGAACGGCGCAGAGGACAGGGACAGGAGGAGAGCGCGCUUGCUAUUCCUAAAUAAAUUUAAGAUGAAGAAUAAAAGAAAUGACACCACC